CUCCGAUCCCUAUUCCCACCACAUUCCACCUCCAUCCCCAAUCAAUUCAUUAUCCCCAACACUCUCUCUCCCUCUCUCUCUACCUCCACCGGAGCUAUGAUUCCGAGAUGAAGGAGCGUCAACGCUGGCAGCCUGAAGAAGACGCUCUCCUCCGCGACUACGUUAACCAGUACGGCCCCAGAGAAUGGAACCUCAUCUCUCAACGCAUGUCCAAAACCCUAGAUCGCGAUCCCAAAUCCUGCCUUGAACGCUGGAAGAAUUAUCUUAAACCUGGAAUUAAGAAAGGCUCUCUCACUCCACAAGAGCAAGCACUUGUGAUUUCUCUUCAGGCUAAGUACGGCAACAAGUGGAAGAAAAUCGCUGCUGAAGUCCCCGGCCGCACCGCCAAGCGUUUAGGAAAGUGGUGGGAGGUUUUCAAAGAGAAACAGAUCAAGCAGCAGAUUCACAACAGUAAAAUAACCGGAUCAUCCACGUCCAAUCCCUUACCACCGCCACCAUCCGUCGCCGUUGUCUCCGGCUGCUGCAGUUCACCGGAAAAAGCCAUCCAAGGUACCUACGAUCAUAUACUGGAAACAUUUGCCGAGAAGUACGUCCAGCCCUACUUGAAGCCAACAAUGCCAAAUCUGAACUCGCCGAUCCUUUCACUCGGCUCAACUUCUCGAGCCGAGCCAGAGCCAAGCUUAACACCGGUGGUACAACUACCACCAUGGAUGAACCAGAACCAGAAUCAGAACCAGAACAACAAUGCAACGUCGUGUAUGACGUCAUCUUCUUCUUCAAAGUCGACUACACCGUCUCCUUCUGUUAGUCUGACACUCUCCCCAUCCGAACCGGUGGUUCUGGACCCGGUCCACUCCGACCACCGGUUCUUCCCGGUUCAACAAGUGGGAACGUUGGUUCAGUACUGUAAGGAGGUAGAGGAAGCGAAGCAGAACUGGGUGCAGCAUAAGAAAGAGGCGACGUGGCGGUUGAGCCGGUUGGAACAGCAGCUGGAAGCGGAGAAGAACCGGAAGAGGAGAGAGAAGAUGGAGGAGGUAGAGGCGAAGAUACGGUGUCUCCGGGAGGAGGAGACGGCGGCGUUAGGGCGGAUGGAGAGUGAGUAUAGGGAACAAUUGAAUGCGUUGCAGAGAGAUGCAGAAGGGAAAGAAGGGAAGCUGAUGGAAGCAUGGAGUAAUAAGCAGAUGAAGUUGAGUAAAGUUGUUGAACAGAUUAAUGGGGGGUUAAUCCAACAACAUAUGAUUAGUGGUGCUAAUCAUCAUCAUGGGUUAACUUAAAAUAAGAUUGACUUCCAUUUGUUGAAGGAAAUUUGAAUGGAGUUUUUUUUAGUGUGUUUUUUAUGAGAUGUAAUGAAUGGAUAAUUAUUAGCAAGUAAUUUUUCAAUUUUGUUAGUUUAUGUUAUU